GCCUAAAACAGAUUAACUGUCCCUGAUAAUGCAGUGGUAUCUGCAGCUCAGACAGAAAAACCCCUCUUUUCUCCGCAUAUUUAUACCGGAAAAGGGACUGUUUCUCACCACGAGAUUGCACUCAUCGUCCAAUUGUCUCGUCUCCUAUAAAGUCGGUCGCAUUGCCCAUUCAAUGUCGUAGACCGCACGGCAUUGACAUGACACAUUGAAGCACCAUGUCUCCUUUGAAAAUCAAGCCAGUCAUCUUCUCUCCAAAUGCUAUUUCUGCUCUGCCCUCGGAAUCGUUCCCCGAUCCCUCCCAUGGCGAUCUCACCUGGCGUACUCUAUUUACUCAACCCAACACACCAACAAGCGACUUGUCUGCUGGGAUAGCAGUCUGCCCUCCGCAUACGGGCUGUCUUUGCGCCCACCGCCACACUCAAGCCGAGUUGUACUAUGUCCUCGAAGGUCGAGCAACGGUGACGAUUGAUGGGCAGUCCCACCCUGUCGAGAAGGGUACAGCUGUAUUCAUUCCUGGAGAUGCGGAACACUCGGUCAUGAAUACUAGCGACGAGGAAUUUAAGUGGCUAUAUGUCUUCCCUGGUGGGAGUUUCGGGGAUGUUAUCUAUCGAUUCUCCGCCAAAGCCAGGCUGUGAUCGCUAUUGCGCGGCGGUGCUAUUUAUAGCUCAGCGAGGGCCCGCUUCGUUUUCGUUUUCGCUUUCGCUUCCGUUCUCGGUCUCGCAUCUGCUUCAUCGAAAUAAAGCUAUGUCGAAGAGAAUGUAAUUGGAUACAGGAGCUCAGUCUAAGCCGUACUGUUGAGAGACCGAAUUCGGGUGGAAGGGAUAGGCAGCAGAGAAAGAUGCGGCAUACAUGAUAAGACGUGGUGAGCUGGUAGUCCCUAGUGGUCUGCCAUCU